AUGAAAUCCCCGAAAUUGAGCCUCGCCCUUGCGGGACUGGGGAUAGUCGGCAAGAAACAUGCCACAAAUAUUCUCAAACAAAGUAGAGUCAUCGACUUUGUUGCUUGCUUUGCUCCAACCCCGGCUGAAUUUCAAUGGGCUGUUGCAAAUUUGACAUCUCAUGGUGUUUUCAUCUACUCUCAAUACGAAGAAAUGGUGGCUCACCCCGGCCUAGACGCUGUUCUAAUAUCGACUGCAGCCGUGGUGCAUGAGGUUGAGGUGGUACAAGCACUUGAUCAGAAUCUCCACGUCUUGUGCGAGAAACCACUGUCAACUAAUCUCGAAGCAGCAGCUCGAGAAAAGCCCAACCUCAAAGUGAUGUGUGGCUUUUCGCGCAGGUUUGAUGAAAGCUAUCGCCAUGCGAAACAAAUAACCACCACCGGUCUAAUCGGGGAUCCGUCCUUCAUUCGAUGCCAAUCGUGCGAUAGAUACGAUGCAGGAGGUUUUUUGGUGCAAUAUUCUGAGCUUUCUGGAGGGAUAUUCAUAGACUUGGGCAUCCAUGACAUCGACCUAACACUGUGGUUUCUGGGCGAGGAUCUAGUCCUGAAAUCAGUGACCGCAACAGGAGCCGCCACUCUACAUCCACAAUUACUGUCCACUAAUGAUCGUGACAAUGCAAUGGGCUUAGUCGAGUUUCACGGAGGAAAGGUUGCUCAAUAUUAUGUCUCACGAAUAAUGGCUCAUGGACAGGAGGAUUCUGCAGAUAUCAUCGGUACAGAAGGCAAAGUCACGGUUAAUUCUCAACCUGCCAGAAACCUUGUCAACUUGUAUCAUGCAGGUGGAGUUACCCGCGAGGUACCGCAAGACUUCUGGGCCAGAUAUGAGCAUUCUUUCUCUGAGGAGCUUCGAGAGUUCGCGGACUGCUGCUUGCUUGACACUACUUUACCGAUGAAUCUGGCAGUUGCAGUGAAAUCUGUUGAGAUCGCUGCUGCCCUUCAAGAAAGUCUGAUUACAGGAAGGCAGAUUCGUUUCAAUGAGCAAGGGCAACGGCUCCUGAUGGCUACUCUUUGA